UCACGCAUGAUAUACACAUUCAUUAGAUCACGAAUUGUAUGCAAAAAGCUUUGCAAAACAUAAGUUGCCAAAAAAUGUGGCAAAAACUAUUUCUGGCUGCCUUCCUUGGUCUGGUGGGGUGGACUCUGGGCACUCAAGAGGUUCAACAAGACUCCAAGAUCCUCGCCUGUUACUAUGGCAGUUGGUCCGUCUAUCGUCCCAGUAAUGGCCAAUUUAACGUGGAAGACAUCGACCCGAACAUCUGCACUCACCUAAUUUAUGGAACCGUGGGGUUAACUUUGGACGGUGUCAUGCAAGUUUUGGACCCAUGGAACGAUUUGGAGGAGAAUGAUGGACGAGGCGCCAUGCGACGAUUCACCAAUUUGAAACAGGCCAAUCCUAACCUAAAAACACUGCUCGGAUUUGGUGGGUGGAACGAUUGCGAACCGAUUGGAGAUGGUUGUGCAAAAUAUUCAAAUAUGGCUUCCACCCUCGCUAAUCGUACACGAUUCAUCAACAGUGUCGUAACAUUUUUGGAAAGUUACAAUUUCGACGGAUUCGAGCUUGAUUGGCAGUAUCCAACAUUGAGAGGUGGUCGACCAGAAGAUAGGGCUAAUUUUGCCCUGCUUUGUGCCGAGAUGAGGACAGAAUUUGACUCGCGAGGCUGGCUUCUCACGGCAGCCGUAUCUGCAAUGGAGCCCAUUAUCAACGCCGCUUACGAUAUCCCAUCAAUUUCACAGUCACUUCACUACUUAUCUCUCACGGCUUACGACAUGUCCGAGAUUUUGCAAAACUACACACACCACCACGCACCGCAUGGACCAAUUCCGGAGGACAGUUCGUAUCCUGAUCGCUACUUCCUUAACGUGCAACAUGCCGUAAACCUUUGGCUUAAUGGGGGCUGUCCCGCGUUUAAAUUAGCUCUCGGAAUGUGGACUUACGGGUAUGGUUUUAUAUUGGCGAAUGAGGCUGAAAGUGGAUUUUACGCCCCGACCAGCAGUCUCAUUGAUUCUCCACCUUACACGAGAGAACCUGGGAUUUGGGGAUACAAUGAGAUCAUUGAGAAACAAGCUACCGAAGCAGGUUGGCGUAUUGUGCGGAAUCCUUUGGUUAUCGGACCUUACGCCGUCCAGGGAAGGAGAUGGAUUGGUUAUGAUGACCCCGAAAGUGUGGGCCAACGGGUUGAGUACAUUCUCGAGAAGGGUUUAGCCGGAGGAAUGUUCAGGGCCAUUGAGACAGACGACUUUAGAGGACUUCACAGCUCGGAGACGUUUCCACUGCUUAAAGCAGCGAAACGAGGCCUGGCUAUGUAGCCUAUGACAGAGACGUUAACUUCAAAUCUGCAAAGCACUGGUCUUAUCUAAGAAAAUAUUUAUGCAUAAAUACCUAUGCAAAUUUAGAAUAUAGUUAUUUAGUUAUUUUUGCUUCAAAAAGUUUUCAGGCUAUCUUCAAGUCAAUUUGUACGUUAAGUGUAUAUGCCAAAAGUAAGAUCUUGAGAUUAUCUUGCAAUAAAUUAUGUAUAUAUUUUCGUGCAA